AUCGGGUGUGGAGAAAUCUGAUCCUGACCUGGUUCCUCCUUGUCUGUUUUAUCCUAAAGCCUGCCAUAUUUCUCUCUUUUAUCUACCCAUCCUCAUUUCACGCUUCUCUAACACCAUCUCUCUCUCUCUCCGCCCGGAGCCAUACCCUCUUCUGCCUAAUUUCAUUUUGCUUUUUCAGGUAAAUCCUCUCUUAAUCACUCUGUUUUCUAGAAUUUUUUCUCAUUGACAAGCUUAGAUCUACCGGCAUUUCCUCCUUCAAUAUUUGUUUUCUCUGGGACCAGAUACAACUCUUCCUGUUUCCAGAAAUAUUUUCCUUUUCUCGCCGGUUUUUAGCUAGAUAUCAACUACAACUAAAAUAAAGAUGGAAGUCACUGGGGGCUGAGACUUGCUAACUUCUAUGGCCUUGACUGAAAUUUGGGCUAUGUGUGAAGCAAGAGAUUAUUUCAGAGGCUUACGGAGCAACCUGAAUAAAACAACCAAAAGAAACUACUUUAAGAGAAAAAUUUCUGGCAUGGAAUAUGAAUCAGACUGGACAAGACACAGAAGAACCUCAGCAUUUACUGCUCAAGCAAUUCGAUCUGCAACAUCUUUUAUGCCUUGGUCUUGUAAAAUUCCUAUAGGUGAUGGUUAUCACGAAUUUCUUUAAUCAAACAUCUGUCAUUUGAUAAGUAUCAUACAUUCUAGAGAGAUAUAGCAGAUCAAAUACAGUUAUCAUCUACAUCUCUCUCGAUUUCCUGAAAAUGCCGGGUUUUGUGAGUCGCAAGAGUAGAUUGAUGGAGACUAAUAUGUCUUUCUCCACUUCAUUCACCCAAGAGAAGUCAACUCGUUCAAAGAGCAACCUACUAUUAGCUUCUCAGGUUGCUGAUGAUAUUGACGCCCCCAUUCUACCUGGGCUGCCUGAUGAUGUGGCAAAGUACUGUCUCGCACUUGUUCCCCGUCCCUAUUUCCCGGUUAUGGGGGCUGUCUGCAAGAAAUGGAGAUCAAUUAUUAGAAGCAAAGAAUUCCUUGUGGUGCGAAAGUUGGCUGGGUUGCUUGAGGAAUGGCUAUAUGUCCUAACUAUGGAUUCUGAAGGAAAGGAAAGCCACUGGGAAGUAUUGGAUUGCUCGGGACACAGACGUCAACUUCUUCCACCGAUGCCUGGACCUGUGAAGGCUGGCUUUGGGGUAGUUGUUCUAAACGGAAAGCUCCUUGUCAUUGCUGGCUAUUCAGUUAUUGAUGGGACUCGGACUGGCUCUGCCUCUGCAGAUGUUUAUCAAUAUGAUUCUUGCCUAAAUAGUUGGAGCAAAUCGUCAAACAUGAAUGUUGCACGCUAUGAUUUUGCAUGUUCAGAAGUUAAUGGCAAAAUUUAUGCUGUUGGGGGCUAUGGAAUAAAUGGUGAUAGUCUCUCAAGUGCUGAGAUGUAUGAUCCUGAUACUGAAAAAUGGACCCUGAUAGAGAGUCUUCGCCGCCCAAGGUGGGGCUGCUUUGCUUGUGGCUUCGAGGGAAAGCUUUAUGUCAUGGGAGGAAGGUCAAGCUUCACUAUUGGCAAUUCAAAAUUUGUUGAUGUGUAUAAUCCUGACAGGCACACAUGGUGUGAGAUCAAAAAAGGUUGUGUCAUGGUUACUGCUCAUGCUGUGCUGGAAAAAAAGCUCUUUUGUAUGGAAUGGAAGAAUCAGCGGAAACUAGCAAUAUUCAACCCAGAGGACAAUUCGUGGAAAAUGGUUCCUGUUCCAUUGACUGGGAGCUCAAGUAUUGGUUUUCGGUUUGGAAUACUUGACGGGAAACUUUUAUUGUUCUCACUGGAGGAAGUGCCCGGUUAUCGAACUCUGUUGUAUGAUCCGAAUGCUUCCCCAGGUUCAGAGUGGCAGACUUCUGAAAUAAAGCCUUCUGGGUUGUGCUUGUGCACUGUGACCAUCAAGGCAUGAAAUGAUGCAUUUACUGGAUAUCUUUGAUUCAAUUAUUUUAUCUGUACUUUCCAUUGGAUUGCAUUGACUUGUGGAUUUCAGUUUCUUUUGUUGUUGACGUUUGAGCAUUCUUGUUGCUAUGCCCAUGAACCUCUUGCUACAUUCUUUCCUUGCCACUCAACUGUGACAUGUUUCAGAAUUAUUAAGACAGUGAUAUGCUUACUCUAGUGUUUUUAUUA